UUGCGCAACGUAAAUAUGGCGGACGUGACGUCAUCAGCCGCCUUCAUCCGGGGACCGAGACCCUGGACCUUCCCUCCUCCCAGUGCCCUUCCAUCAGUAUUUAGUGUUAUUUCCUAUAUUUUCCAGCUGUUUUCAUGCAUAGAGAAGAAUAGAAAGAGGAGGAAAGAAGGAGAAAUGAAGAAGAAGGAGGAGGAAGAAGAAGGAAGGGAAGGAGGAAGAGGAGAAGGAAAAGAAGAAAUAUUAAGAAGACAAUAUUUUCACUGAAUUUCCAGCGUUUUAAAGAGGAGGAAGGGGAAGAAAGGAGGAUGAGGGUGAGGAAGACGAGGAAGAGGAAGAGGAUUAAAUUUCUUUCAUCUUUCUUAGACAGUCCUCAGGAUGUCAACAUUGUAUAAUGGUACAGUGUUGAGACAGGGACGGUCGCGUUAUAAUUCACUAAUUGAGGUUACUUUUGAUAAAUAAACAACUAGUACGGAGUCUUUUAAGUAUUUUACAUUAUCUUAUACCGGAAAAUAUUAAGGAAAAGUGGCGUAAAUAAGAAAAAAAAGGCAAACAUUAGAGAUGUGGGAUUUUAUAACUUGUGGCAUCUUAAAAUACUAGUAUAAGAUAAACCCUAUGCAAAACGAACAAUAUAACCUUUAUUAAUCAUCAUAACCUAGAAAACCGAUAAAUAUAUAUAUAAAAACCAGUGUAAUUAGUAAAAAACAAAAAAAACUGUCCCUGGGAAGUGAGACGGCCCACAGAGUCGCGCCAAAAACGUGGAUCUACAGGCCAGGCAUCUUAUGUUUAACCAGGUGUACAAGGUGCUGGCUUUCAAGGGCUCCUCCACACCUACAGACACACGCACACACCACCAGAUACAGGAAGAAUUAAUUGAUGAGCUACAGAACUACAGCAUCGUUCAGGUGGCAGCCGGAGACCAGCACUCUCUUGCUCUCACCUCCUGGGGCCUGAUCUACGCACGGGGUGACAAUGGGUACGGUCAGCUUGGCGUCAACUCCCUGCGACAGUCACACCGCCACACGCAAGCUUGUCAAGAGUCUGGCCAGGAAGGUGACAGUGCAGCUGGCCUGUGGCGCCAACCACACCCUUGCCUUGACUGCUGAUGGUGACAAAAUACCUUGGGCCAGUUGGCACUUAGACACUGACAGGGGCCCCAGAAGGACCCUGCCC